UUUCUGUCCUCUCGGCUUCCGUCGACGUCGCGAAUGCGCUUGACGUCAGCAUAACAACAACCUGUCAUGACAGCUCGUAUGGGGAGGAAAAUAACGAUAAACAUCUCAAACCGUAUACAUUCCGUUUCACCUGGAUGUAAGAUUACUUUUUGGAGCUAAGGAGAUCCAGGAGGGGACAACAAAAGGGGCCUUUCCGGGACCGGUCAGCUAGCCAGCCGAAGAGACGGGGAACAGGAUAGGGAAGCAGGGCGAGGCGGGCCCCGCGGAGCCGGUGGAGAAGAUGGCCGGCAGCCCGGAGAAGAGCUCCACCGCGCAGGAGCUGAAGGAGCAGGGGAACCGGCUCUUCCUCUGCCGCAAGUACCAGGAGGCUGCGACGUGCUACAGCAAAGCUAUUAACCGCAACCCUUCGGUGGCGGUUUACUACACCAACAGGGCUCUCUGCCACGUGAAGCUGCAGCAGCACGACAAGGCUCUGGCGGAUUGUAAGCACGCGCUGGAGCUGGACAGUCAGUCUGUGAAGGCCCACUUCUUCUUGGGCCAGUGUCACCUGGAGCUGGAGAACUACGACGAGGCCAUCGGCAACCUGCAGAAAGCUUAUAACCUGGCAAAAGAACAAAGGCUGAAUUUUGGAGAUGACAUCCCCAGCGCCUUGCGCAUUGCAAAGAAGAAGCGAUGGAACAGCAUUGAGGAGAAACGCAUCAACCAGGAGAACGAGUUACAUGCCUACCUGACUAAACUCAUACUGGCUGAGAAGGAACGAGAACUUGACGAAUACAAAGAGAAACAGGAUGACAAUCAAAAUGGGGGCGACCCUGCCAAGAUUUCAUCGAAAACCGACAAGUAUCUAAUGGACAUGGAUGAGCUCUUCUCUCAAGUGGAUGAGAAAAGAAAAAAGCGGGACAUCCCAGACUACCUGUGUGGUAAGAUCAGUUUUGAGCUGAUGAGGGAGCCCUGCAUCACACCCAGCGGGAUCACCUACGAUCGCAAGGACAUCGAAGAGCACCUACAGCGAGUCGGCCAUUUUGACCCGGGUCACCAUGAGUCCUCUGACCCAGGACCAGCUGAUCCCCAACCUGGCUCAUGAAAGGAAGUGAUCGACGCUCUUCGUCCAGGAGAACGGCUGGGUGGAGGACUACUGAACGGACCACCCCCCCACCUCGCGGCUCCCACCUCUCCAUCACACCCGCACAAAAGUCUGGACAACACAAGACUGUAGAGGACAGACCGCCCCCCCCCUCCUCCAUGCCCGGAGAUGUACUUUAUACAAGCGGGGGGUCUCCCAAACGAGAGCUGCCAUUCCGCCUUUCCCUCCCCUCAUUUUUAUCUGUAGAACUCCACCCCCCCCCCCCACCCCCACUUCCUCCGAGGCUGGCUGUUCAUGUUCUGCCGCUCCCUUUAAAGCCACCUUCACCCCGCCCUCUCUAUGUGUCCCCUCUCAUUCCUCUUCCUCUCUUGCUGUAUCAAGUCUCUCAAGCCUGAGUCCCUUCUUUAAAUAAGGGGCCACGUUCUCAGGUCUGUCAUGCCCCCCCCCCCCCCCCCCCUCCCCUUCCUGAGAGCAUUGCACUGCAGUGUUUCACAUGUGGAUGAAUACAUAAAUACGUUGUACUUUUAUCUAGCAUUUAUUCCAGUAGUUUUUCCAUUAGCUGUUGGUGCGUAUGUUCACUCCAUAAUCACGUUAGUCGAAGUGGUAACUAAAAUGCCAAAAGAACAUUUCUACCACAAAAGUGACUAGUUUUUGUGUAAGUUCUCCGUAACAAAGUCCCCUUUCCACCUCCAGGUGGCGCCCCAAACAAACCCACCCAUGUCACCAUACUGUAAUAUAUAUAUAUAUAUAAUAUAUAUAUAUUUAUUUUUUUCUUCUUGCAUAUCAAUCAAACACCAUUUCAGACAAUUUAAAGCAGUUGAAUGUAUGCAUACUACUCUUACGUUUCGACCUGACCUACAGUAAUUCAUUAAUGUUUUUCUCAAGACAGUACAAAGGUUUUCAUGAAGAACGGCCUUGAACCGAUGGAAGCGCCCGCCGAAUACAACUUCUCUCUUUUCUCACGUAGCUGGAUAUUAAUGGAAAAAUGUUGACUAUCGAUAGCUGACAUGAGCCGUUCGGGUUGAUGCUAAAAAGCUGCUUUUGAAGAACGUCUGUGCUGUCUGUGUUGUUCAUAGAAACAAAAAAAAUGUGCUUGGACGUCGUGUUUGGCUCGUGCUGUUCGCCAUGAACGAUCGUGGACUCGCAUCAAGUGAAUUUUCGUUUCCUAUGCAAGGGGCGAGAGGACGGUACUUAUUGUUCUCCCUUUUCUGCUGUUCAUUUUGUGCACCCCCCCCCCCUCCAUCCCCCUUCCGUACAAUGUCCCAGCUUCCGGAAACCCAUCGGUGUGAGACUGUAGCCUUCCGCUGGAUUUAAUGUUCGCUGACGUCACCGACCUCCUGUUGUAGAAAUGCUGGAAGAGUGAUGACCGCAUGUAUCGCAUCCGCACCUCAGUCCAAAUGUAUUCUCUGUAAACUCAGCGUCGGUCUACAGGUCGUGCAGCCGUGUGCGCGCUGAGUGCGGCCUGACGACGGCUCAUGUCUCUGUGCAGGCAGUGUAAAUAAUUUGCUUGUGUAUCAGAUUUUAUUUCUUGACAAAAUAGGGUUCUUUUCUUUCUUUCUUUCUUUUUUUUUAAAAUCUCAAGACAUCCUAGAGCUUGAGAAACUGUAUUAAAUGUAGAUAUGUUGAUAACACAAAGGCCUGGUUCAGUUUUCAUUUGUCCCCAUUAAACCGUGAACUUUGA